AUGACUACUGAGAGGUUUUCUGACUCUGUUCUUCGUGCAGAUGUCAAAGAAGGUUUAGACAGCGAUAACAAGAUCGGCGAAUUACAAGAUCUUGACGUAGGAGAGCAGUCGUUGGUGAGAUCAGAGACAGUUAAAUUCUCAAGAGAAGGUCAGAGAAGCAGUGGGAAAGAUCCUGCGGAAAGAGAGAGUAGAAGACUGAAGAGGUUGCUAAGGAACAGAGUGUCUGCACAACAAGCGAGAGAGAGGAAGAAAGUGUACGUGAACGAGUUGGAGAAAAGAGUGAAUGAUUUGGAGGGGAAGAACACUGACCUUGAAGAGAAGGUCUCCACUUUGCAGAAAGAGAAUCACAUGCUUAGACAUAUACUAAAGAACACGACGUCAAGCAGCAGCCGUUAAGGAAGUGACUAGUGGACUCUUGCAACACAAAACUAUUCAACCAUUAAGUAAGAUUUUUCCUUUUCUUUUUUCUUUCUUUUUGUUAGCAGUAUAUCA